CAGAGUGAGUGUAUGCGUGCCGCUCCCUCGCCACCUGUGGCGCCCCCACACACACACUACCUCCUUAACAUCUCCCUCAGAAUGUCACGGUAGAACCCACAUCAUGCACUAGAGGAACGUGGAGUGACACGCUGAAGGCGACAGUGAGUAUUGUGACAUUUUUACGGAUUUGUGGUAGUGAAUGAAGUGGUGGAUUAUCAGGAAGGCGGGAAUACGAGUGCAGCAUCACUCCUGAGGGCAGGAGAGUGCAGCAUCACUCCUCAGGGCAGGAGAGUGCAGCAUCACUCCUCAGGGCAGGAGAGUGCAGCAUCCCGCCUGAGGGCAGGAGAGUGCAGCAUCAUGCCCGAUGACGACGGGAGAGUGCAGCAUCCCGCCUGAAGAUGACAGGAGAGUGCAGCAUCCCACCUGACGAAGGCAGGAGAGUGCAGCAUCCCGUCUGACGAAGGCAAGAGAGUGCAGUAUCCCGCCUGAGGAGGGCAGGAGAGUGCAGCAUUCCGUCUGAGAGCAAGAGAGUGCAGCAUUCCGUCUGAGAGCAAGAGAGUGCAGCAUCCCGUCUGAGAGCAAGAGAGUGCAGCAUCCCGCCUGAGGAGAGCAAGAGAGUGCAGCCUGGCCUCCCUCCCCAUAACAACAUAUACCUGUAAGGUGUGCAAAUGGGGCGCGAGAAGUGAGCCGUGAGGAACCUGAGCAGUGAGAAACAUAGGCAGUGAGGAACGUGAGCAGUGAGGAGCCCCUCACCAUGGUGCGGGCUGGGCUGCGGUAGUUGACCAGUGACUAGUAGCAAGUAGUAGGUCAAGAUGACUGAGGAUGGCGGGUCACGGCGUCCCUCCAUCGCUACUAUCUUCAACCCGCGUCGAGGGCGUGGGUCUGCGCCCUCACGCCCGUCGGUGGUGGUGACGGAUGAAGACUCGCCGGGGCCGCCCCUCCAGCUCUCCAACGGCUCCGGGGUGCGGGUGGGGUCUGCGGGUCUGAGUGGCAGCAGCACCACCCCGGUGGCCAGCCCCUCCAUCAACCUGGGCUCCCCCGUGCCCCCGCCCGACCCAGAGGCUGGCUCGGUGACUGACAGCCCCAGAGAGAACCCUCCCUCCAAGUGCCACAACUUUAGAAAAGCUGUCUUCUCGAAAACUACUAGAAAGAUCGUGGUCGGGUGGCUAGUGACGUGUUGCGUCACUGCGUCGUGGGUCGGGGCGACGCACCUCAUGAAGGACAUGUUCCUGCGUCAGGUCUCCGUCCCGGGGCCCCCGUCCCCCACGCCCCCCAACGGAACCCAGCCGCUCCCCACCUUCGUUCAGAAGCGGGUGUUUGACGCGCCGUUUCUGACGACGUGGUUCUGCACGGCGUGGACGGGGCUGUUCUUCCCGCUGUACAUGAUCUGUCACACCUGUCUGCGCCGCGACGACGUCUCCCUCAGACUCACACUCAAGACCAUCGCUCACAACUUCAGGGACCGAGGCGUCACCUUCAGCAAGUUCAUGACCCGGAGCUGCCUGUUCUGCCUGCUGUGGGUGGUGACCAACUACAUGUACGUGUACGCUCUUCGUAUCCUGGACUGUACGGACGUGAUGGCCCUGUACUCGGCCCACGUCUCCUUCGUCUAUCUCCUCUCCUGGGUCAUCCUCCACGACCAGUUCGUUGGUGUUAGGAUCGUGGCUGUGAUCCUGUGCAACACGGGCAUCGCCCUGCUCGCCUACAUGGACGGCAUCACCAGGACGAGGACGCUGGGAGGGGUCGUCCUCGCCGCCGCCUCUGCUGCUGGCUCUGCCGUCUACAAGGUGCUGUUCAAGAAGGUGAUAGGAGAGGCGAGCUUCGGGCAGGUAAGCCUUAUCUUCACGGUGAUUGCCCUGCUCAACACCAUCUUUCUGAGCCCUUUGGUGGCGGCCUUCUACUUCACUGGCUACGAGACAGUCCUAUGGGCCCACCUCCCCUGGCCCAACCUCUUGAUAGCUGCAGCACUCUCACUGGCUGCUAACCUCCUUGGUAACUUCGGGAUCGCCUUCACCUUCGAGAUCUUCAUCACUCUCGGUCUGGUCCUGGCCGUGCCCGUGUCUGCAGCCCUGGACAUCAAAUGGUAUAAGGUGAAGUUUGAGGGAAUGAAGCUAGCGGGUGUGGUGCUGAUCGUGUGUGGAUUCUUCCUGGUGCUCUUCCCUGCAAACUGGCCAGAGUACAUCACGAAGGUGCUCCGUUGGGGUCGUCACAGAAAACGGAACCAGCCUCGGCAGCAGCCAGAACCAGUGGACUACCGGACCGGUCUCAUCUCCCGCUCUCACCUCCGUUCCCCAUCCGGACUAAUACGAUAAUUACGUUGUCUAUACACGUACUAACAACUUUAACAAUUGUCUUCAUUACUGAAGACUUUUUAGUUUCCAUUAGUCUAGAAGAAACAAGUUAUACAGUGUUAUUAUGAAAAUUGUUGUCACAGAAACAUUUUGUGAUGUGGUUGCUAGAAAUGAAAAUACAGUACUGUACUAGUUGAAGAAAUGAGAUAUACUGUACACUGUACUGUACAUGGCUUUUAUGGCCAUUUUGAAACUAAAGACUUGCUGUUUCAUUGCUGGUAGCUUAGUACAUAGUAAAUGUAAUAAUAUAUAUACUGUAUUAUUAUAUACACCUGAUUACUGUAAUGCAACAUCCAUAUCAUUGAUGCCAGGUGAUUUUUGUCUGGGUGAAAUUAUAUAUAUAUAUAUAUAUA